GGAGGAGCCUGUCGGAAGUCCCCGGAUGAGGGCAAGAUGGCGGCGCUGGCGGUGGCCGGUCUGCGGGCGCUGAAGAGACUCUGCCGCGUCGCCCUCUUCCUCUCGCAGCUCUACGUCCUUUCCGGCAGAGGAUCGUUGAGCUUGGAGCAUCAUCCGCAUGCUCAGCUGCCCAAGGUGUCUGCUAUGGAGCCUGCCAGCACACAGGUCCCGGCAUCUAAAGUCCCAGAAACUACAGCUGUUCCAUCCUAUGUCACUCGAUGCCCUAGCAAUGGGCCCUGCAGCCGGCUGCCUCCAGAAUGCGUGACCUGCAGAACCAACUACUCCUGCAUCUAUGGGAAACCAGCCCUGUUUGAAUGCGAAGCGAAACCCCAGGUUCACUGCGUUGAUGAGAACAACACUCGUCAGAAGAUCUUCAUGAUCAACAUGACCUGUCAGUUCUGCUGGCAGCUACCUCCCCUCGAUUAUGUCUGCUCCAAUCCUGCAAACUGCAAGACGGUUUCUUGUCCCCGGGAGAGAUAUAUGGCCAACUGCACCGUGCGGGAUCAUAUCCACUGUUUGGGCAACCGUACUUUCCCCAAGAUGCUGUAUUGCAACUGGACCGGAGGCUACAAAUGGUCAACAGCCUUGGCUUUAAGCAUCACCCUGGGUGGCUUUGGAGCCGAUCGCUUCUACUUGGGCCAAUGGCGAGAAGGGCUGGGCAAGCUCUUCAGCUUCGGCGGAUUGGGAAUCUGGACUCUCAUUGACGUGCUGCUGAUCGGAGUCGGCUACGUGGGGCCGGCGGACGGCUCGCUCUAUAUCUAAAUUAUUGACCCAAAAUCCCCAUUAGGAAUGGAUUGCGCUUGGAGAGGACCAAAGCCGGACUUCCAAAACAGACCCUAGGAGCACUUAUUGCCUAAUGUGUGCAUAUAUACUAUUUAAUGUACAGCAUCUGUACUUGGCCUGCCUUUAACUUAAGGUGAAAUAAAGACUUGGACCGUUGAGUGA